UAUAAAGAGCUUAGAGCAAUUGAACUUUAACGAAAUGGAUCAUCACUUUGUACUUCUUUUGAUCGUUUCCCUUAUGGGAAAUGGUUAUUUUUUGGGACUUUCAGAGGCCCAAACUUUUACAGCCGAGGAUCGUAAUUCUAUACAGAAGUUUAUGGAUUCACUGAUCAAUUUUUUGGAACUGGAAGCAGCGAAUAAUAUAACUACAAGCACCACAUUGGCACCCUCUUCGAAUGGCACUAGUUUGGAGACCACUUCCCUGGCACCUGGAAACUCCACUGAAGUAACAACAGAGGUUUCGGGAACUUCCACUAACUCCACAUCAAGUGUUUCGGAUAGCACCACAUCGAGUGUUUUGAAUAGUACCACAUCGAGUGUUUUGGAUAGUACAACAUCGAGUGUCUCGACUACCUCAACUUCCAGUUUAAAUUCCACAACGGUGGCUAACACAACUACCACUAUAAGCACCACCACAUCCCAACCCACAACCAGUAGAACAAGGAUUUGCUUUAAGCGUUUUUGCUAUAAGUUCAGCAACGAUAAGGGCUAUAUAGUCUAGAUGGAAUAAA